CUUUCCAGUUACAAAUGAUUCAACCAUGAUAAUUGUGAAAGUGUUACAGUUGAGAGAUAUGUAUCAAAAAGACAGAUUACCGAGAUAAGAUUGGUAGUUGCAAUGUACAGAUCUGUGGGGUAUUUAUAAGUAUCACUGGGUAAAGUCUCUGUAUUAUGUACAGUUCAAUCACAUGCAAGAUUGGAACUUCCAGCAUGAACCAGCCAAUAACAGCACACCUAUGCUAUCUACUCACCGCUGCAUGUUUUUUGCUAAUCUGUGAAGGUGCAAACAUAAAAAUUAUCAAUGGGCAUGACGUCAUCCCCCAUUCCAGACCUUACAUUGCCCUAAUAGAGACUCUGAAAGAAAAUAAAAAAUCAGUAUGUGCUGGAAGUUUAAUCAAGCCUGACUGGGUGUUGACCGCAGCUCACUGUAAACUGAUAGCAAAUAUAACUACAGUUACUCUUGGUGCUCAUUCAAUGACACAAAAUGAAUUUGAAAAGCAGAAGAUGCAAGUUAUCAGACUCUUUCCAUACGGGACAUAUAACCGCACAGUAAAACAAAAUGAUAUUCAACUUUUGCAGUUAUCUAAGAAGGCAACACUUGGGGAUGCUGUCAACACCAUUCCAUUACCAGAGACAUUUGAAGACAUCCCAGAAGGCACAGUAUGUAGGAUAACUGGAUGGGGAACAACUGAAUCAGGCAACCAUUCAGACACACUAAAAGAAGCCCAUGUCGCAAUACUAAAAAAAAAAAAAUGCAUUAGAGACUGGAGACACAAGUAUUUAAUUACAGCAGAUAUGAUUUGCACUAAUGUGGGUUCUGACAGACAAGAUACUUGCAAGGGAGAUUCGGGAAGUCCUCUAGUCUGUGAUGACGUUUUCCGAGGAGUGAAUUCUUUUGGAUAUGUGCCAUGUGGAACCCCAGAGACCUCCAAUGUAUUCACUCAACUGACCCAGAAAUACGUCCUGUGGAUUAAUAACAUAAUUAAUAAUGAAAUUGAUAGCUGGGGCAAAGAAAUCUAGUGCAAAGAUUGACAUCUUUCCCAUGAAAACCAGUCAGAUGCUUAUAUUUUCAAUUAGUCCAGAAGAAAACUGCUGACUAGCUAGCUACUCAAAAUCCAUGUGUUUUUUUUUCUGCUACUUUCUACAGAUGAGCCCCCAGGGUUGCCAGCCAUUUAUGUUGACAGACAGUCCAUUACUAUAAAGCUUAGAAACCCAGUGAAAGUCUGUGUGCGUUUUUGCUCCACGGUAAAAAUAGAUAAAUAAGUAACAAAAUGGUGGUUCCACUUUUUUGCACAGACAUUUUUACAGACAUCUGACAGCUCCCUAUAAAGCAAAGAGAAAUGAGGGGGGGGGGGUAACAAAAGCAUUGACAGUGUUUAAAUGAAUCUCAACAUGAGCAAAGUCAUCCCGCUAUUUGUGCUCUCCCCCCCUCAUGUUAAUGUAAAUACUUUUUUCUAGCCUGAUCACAAAUGUAAGAAUUUUUGCUGGUUGAUAUAAAUUGUACACAUGGGCCAAAUGUUAGACUGUUUCCAUUGAUCUGGCCGAUACUGGCCCAUGUUAGGCCUGUGUGUAUCAGGUGUAACUUUACUUUUUCAUGCUCGUCAUGGAAAAAAAAUAAAAACAUCCAAAAGGUAUAGGGAAGAUGGAGGCUUUAUUGCCUUCCUCCGAUUAUGCAAUAAUGGGUGCCUUAACAGCCAAUCACUAGCCUGGGCGUACACAGAUAAUCUGCUGUAUUAACAAAAUACUCUUGAAAUGUUUAUUCCCUAAAGGGCCACCGAUGCUUGGGUUACCCUGUUUAUGGUGAUAACAAACCACUAGGCCUCUCCACCAACACUCCACGUGUUCUUCUGUCCCCGCAGCAUGGGCUCUUCAACCCUCCUUUCCCUUCCUGUACUGCCCAGCCUCUGGCACUUGUCCCAUGCAGUCUCACUUUGAUCAAGGUAGGCUUCCAGGUGACUAAAAUUCCCAAUUUCCUCACAGCUCCCAUCUCCAAUCUGGCUCUCCUUCUGCUCUGUCUGUGGCUGCAGCCAAUUACAUUGUACUUUUGUACCUUGCAGUCUAGUGGGGAGGUAGAAUUUACCACCGCUGUAGCCAGCAGUAAGGCCUCGUACACACGACCGGAUCUAUCCGCUGGAAUUGAUCCGUGGAUCAGUUCCAGCGGACAAAUCCGGCCGUCUGUACGGCCUAGCGGAUAUUUAUCCACGGAGAUUCCUCGGGCCGGACCAUUUCAAGCAGAUAGAAAUUUCUUAGCAUGCUAAGAAAUCUAUCCGCUUGAAUCGGAUCCAGCGGAUUGAUCCGGUGGUCUGU